AAAGAGGCCUACCUACUUUUCUAUCAGAAUAUUGAAGGAAUUGAAGAUUGCAAGCCUGAUGUCGGCGAUUUGCCUUURUCCGAGAAUGGCAAGUCAGAAAACGAGGUUGAAAUCACUAGCCUUAAAAAUGAUGGUUCGAAAAAAUCGCAGCCGAACAUAACUGGGAAAGAGAAAUUUGGAACGAUAAACAGUUCGCUGGUUUUAAUUAGCCAACAAGAAACAAAGAUGAUCGAAGACUAUGUAGCAUCACUCCAAACUGAUCACGUGCUUAGGUUUGAUGGAUCUUCCAUCAGAAAUGUUGUUGCARAUGACUUGCGUAAUCUCGUUGAUAGAGAAAAAGAAUUGAAUGGCUUU